AUGAAGAUCCUUCUCACCACCUCACGGUUCGCGAAGCGAGUCUGCUUCCCGAGCGGAGAACCAUCGUUCUACUUCCAUCCUUUCACACGCGCAGAGUUCGAAGAUAUACUCCAGCUGUGCGACGAGACGCUUGCAGCAGACCCACCGCAUAUCGAAGUCGCUGGCUCACUGUUAGGCUGGACAGUUCACCGAGCGUCACUCACACGAAGAGUCGAAGAUGGCUCGAUCAUCUCCCACGCGAGGUUUACGACGCGUGUAGCCUGCUCGCUGGAAGAACUGGACUCCGUGAUCAUCUCGUCCAGUCUCGAUUCAUGGCCGCUAAUAUGGACACCACCGAGCUGGGGAUACAAGGAGCGCAAGCAAGUAUGUUGUCAGGUGUUGCAAGAGUUCGAAACGGAUGCGUACGUCCUUGUCCACGACAUCCCUGGGCCCAUACGCUCCCGUUACAUCAGUUUAGCACGACGACUACCCAGACAAGACAGCGGGAAGCGGUCUAUCACGUACGUUAUGGUGAUCGCGGAUUCGGAAGCCAAGUCGAAAAAGUGCACUACAGACGAGGAGAAUGGUAAUGUUAAGUGGAUCAAUGAAGGUGGCAGCUACAUCAAAUUCACGGAAGUGAACUCAAACUUAAUCGAUGUGCGCUACGACCGCUGGGCCAGUUGCCAAGAUGAGCUCCACGCGCAGCAUCUUUUCGUCCGUUGGGCUGAGUUUGCGAACGAGUGGGCGCAGAGGAUGGUUCAUUGGAAGUUGCUCAGAUUUAACCACCAAAAGUAA